CCUCCAACAAAAUCGUCCAGUAUUCAUCCCUCUCAACAUCACUAUAAAUUAAGCAGCUGCUUGGCCAUAACCUUCUACAGCUACAACCACCACAGAUUCCGGUUCUCUUCUUCUAAACGACUAUGGUGACUGUUGAGGAAGUACGCAAAGCCCAGCGCGCUGAAGGCCCUGCCACGGUGUUGGCCAUUGGCACUGCAGUUCCUCCAAACUGUGUCGACCAAAGCACGUACCCUAACUACUACUUCCGCAUCACCAACAGUGAGCACAAGACCGAGCUUAAAGAGAAAUUCCAACGCAUGUGUGACAAGUCCAUGAUUAAGAAGCGUUAUAUGCACUUAACAGAAGAUAUUCUCAAAGAGAACCCCAACAUUUGUGCAUACAUGGCACCUUCAUUGGAUGUUAGGCAGGACAUUGUGGUGGUAGAGAUACCAAAACUGGGCAAAGAAGCAGCUGCCAAGGCCAUCAAGGAAUGGGGUCAGCCUAAAUCCAAGAUCACCCACCUUGUCUUUUGCACCACUAGUGGCGUGGACAUGCCCGGUGCUGAUUACCAACUCACCAAGCUAUUGGGCCUUCGUCCUUCCGUUAAGCGUUUCAUGAUGUACCAGCAAGGUUGCUUCGCUGGUGGCACCGUGCUUCGUAUGGCCAAGGACUUGGCUGAAAACAACAAGGGGGCUCGCGUUCUUGUUGUUUGCUCGGAAAUUACUGCUGUCACAUUCCGAGGGCCUAGCGACACCCACCUUGACAGUCUUGUAGGUCAGGCCUUGUUCGGUGAUGGUGCCGCCGCAAUCAUUGUUGGUUCAGACCCAGUACCUGAAGUGGAGAAGCCAAUGUUUGAGAUUGUAUCUGCGGCCCAAACUAUCUUGCCAGACAGUGAUGGAGCCAUUGAUGGGCAUCUUCGUGAAGUUGGGCUUACAUUCCACCUGCUCAAGGAUGUUCCUGGGCUCAUCUCCAAGAACAUUGAGAAGAGCCUGGUUGAGGCAUUCCAACCUCUAGGCAUCUCCGAUUGGAACUCAAUCUUUUGGAUUGCUCACCCUGGUGGCCCUGCUAUAUUGGACCAAGUAGAGGCAAAAUUGGGUCUUAAACCUGAAAAAUUAAGUGCCACAAGGCACGUUCUGUCAGAAUACGGAAACAUGUCCAGUGCAUGUGUGCUCUUCAUUUUGGAUGAGAUGAGGAAGAAGUCAAAAGAAGAUGGACUCAAGACCUUCGGAGAAGGACUGGAAUGGGGCGUACUCUUUGGGUUUGGGCCUGGCUUGACAGUUGAGACAGUGGUCCUUCACAGUGUGGCUGCUUAGAAACCCUUACUAAUCUAUGGUGCUUUUUUAUGCUUGUGUUUGGUUCUUCCAUUUAAUUAUUUACUUUUGAAAUUGUAUUGCUUAAAGUUGAUGUUUCUGUGAUUUGGGUUAAACUUUGUCCGGUGAAAUCAUAAAAUCCUAGAGAAAUUGAUUUCCUACUUUUAUAAUUGCAAUGGCAAUAAUAGUAAUUUAGUAAAAAAUACUUUAUUUU